UAACAAAAGCACACAACCAAAACUGCAACUCACCGAGCUGCAAAAAGCAGAUUUAGUUUCUUUUGCAGAUGGUCUAUGAGUCUCAUGUGGCAUCAUAUUAAAUUAUAUAGGCAGUCAGUCGCUUGUUGUGGAGCGAUGCUCUGAGCCGGGAGCUGUGAUGAGCUUGGACCAUUCUGCAGGAAAACAGGCUCCAAAGCUGCACCAGCUCCUGUGAGGAGAGCAGCACAGGGGCCUGCCAGGGGCUUCCAGCACCUCCAGGACUGCAGGUCCCCCUGGGAUGCACUAUGAGGCUGGCCCAGCUUCCCUACGAUGGGCUGUGGAGCAUUUUGCCCUAAAGUGUCUGAAUUACAGGAAGAAGGAAUAAAUGCCAUUAACUUACCUCUCAGUCCCAUUCCAUUUGAACUAGACCCCGAGGACACUAUGCUAGAGGAGAAUGAAGUCCGAACAAUGGUGGAUCCAAAUUCAAGAAAUGAUCCAAAAUUACAAGAACUAAUGAAGGUACUAAUUGACUGGAUUAAUGAUGUGUUGGUGGGAGAGAGGAUUAUUGUGAAAGACUUGGCUGAAGACCUGUAUGAUGGACAAGUAUUGCAGAAAUUAUUUGAGAAGCUUGAAAGUGAGAAGCUGAAUGUUGCAGAAGUUACUCAGUCUGAAAUUGCUCAGAAGCAGAAGCUACAGACAGUGCUUGAAAAGAUCAAUGAAACCCUUAAACUCACUCCAAGAAACAUUAAGUGGAACGUUGACUCUGUCCAUGCUAAAAGUCUCGUAGCCAUUCUUCAUCUUCUGGUUGCUUUGUCUCAGUAUUUCCGAGCACCAAUCCGACUCCCUGACCAUGUGUCCAUUCAGGUGGUUGUUGUGCAGAAACGAGAAGGAAUCCUCCAGUCUCGACAAAUCCAAGAGGAAAUAACUGGUAACACUGAGGCAUUAUCAGGAAGGCAUGAAAGAGAUGCAUUCGACACUUUAUUUGACCAUGCCCCAGACAAGCUCAAUGUAGUGAAAAAGACUCUCAUCACCUUUGUGAACAAGCAUCUGAAUAAAUUGAAUUUGGAGGUGACUGAACUGGACACGCAGUUUGCAGAUGGAGUGUACUUAGUCCUGCUAAUGGGUCUCCUGGAAGGAUAUUUUGUUCCCCUGCACAGCUUUUUCUUGACUCCUGAUAGUUUUGAACAAAAGGUCGUCAAUGUGUCCUUUGCAUUCGAGCUCAUGCAGGAUGGUGGAUUGGAAAAACCAAAGCCAAGACCAGAAGAUAUUGUAAAUUGUGACUUGAAGUCUACACUGAGAGUACUGUACAAUUUGUUUUCCAAAUACAGGAACGUGGAGUGAAGAAUUGAUUUAGGUCACAAAGGAGUGUUAACAAAGAAAACAUCAUAACUAGCAUUUCUUUCUUUGGUAUUCCUCUGCAUCUCUAUCCUAAAAGGAACUAAACCGUUUACCUGAAGAAUUUCUGAUUAUUAGUUGAUUAUUCUGGCACUACUAUUUUCAUAGUGGAUUAAAAACUAAUAUAACUUAUAAAAAGAAAAAGGUUUGGGGGAAGGUGUCUGGGUAUAUUCUGGGAGAACUUGUGUCUUGGUUGUCUUCACACUGUUUUUAAUGGGAGAAGCAACAGUGAGAAAAAAUUUAGUAAGUUUAAUUCAAAUCAGCCUUUGAGGCCAAUCAUAGGAAUAUUAUGUACUGAGUACUUUAUUAUGUUUUACAUAUAUCUUUUUUUUAAUCUGAGAAGGGGAAGAGUAUUUUCUAUCCACAAUAAGACAGUUCCAUUCUAAUUGUGAGGAAUGUGCAUGGGGAGAAACAGUUAAAUGCACUUGAAAAGAAGGAACUGAACCUGGUGAAUAUAUAGUUCCAGUGCUGUCAUUAGAAUUUAAUUUUAUGGGUACAAACUGAAGGGGCUACUCAUUCUUUCAGACUUUUUAUAAUGUGAUAUUCUGCUUCAAUAUGUGCUAUUGAGCAUUCCACAGAACCACACUUUGCAGCUUGUCACUUUUCUUUGUUCAAGGCAGAGAUCUUUUUUUGCAAAGAACACUUUUCAGGAAGACAUAUCUGUAUAAUACAGCUUUUCUAUAUUUUUAUUAUUGCAUAAUAUUAGAAAGUAGAAGAAUGGCUUGUUUUUAUUUUGGCAGUUUAAUCACAGCAUUAUCAGAUUGUGAGUUUAGAUUGAUUGAUAAAUAUAAUUCAGAAUUGUCCCUUUGGUUGAUUUUGUGAUGAAUUUGUGUUGCUGCAUAACAUUCAACACAAAAAAAAAUAAGAUUCAUUGUCUAGAAAUGGAAUCUGCAAAGAUUCCACUACAGUGUAAAGUUCUUUGGUGAUUUUACAUGGCUACAAAGAUUUUUUUUUUAAUUUAAUUGCCACCAAUUAUAAGCUGUUAUCUGGUUUGGUUUUAGCUUUAACCAAGACACAGAAGGGAAGAGGAAAAGUGAUCAGUCAGUUCUUGCAUCGUGGUCAGGAGAAAGGCAGGGCUGGCAAGGACUGCCAAUAACAGUUUUAUGUAACUCACCAUGUAAAGCAUUGCACACUUCUCAGUUUUCUAGGGAUUUUUCCUUUUUUUUUCUUAUAUGUAGAGCUUGCAGUACAACAUUAGCACAGAGGGAACUCCAGCAAUUAUUUCCUGUCUUUGCUAAACACCAACUGAUGUUUUGUAGUGAGGUGUAAGGUGAUACUGACUUCUGCUGGGAGGGCUACAAAAUUGUUUUUCUGAGAAAUAAUAUGAACUUUUUCAAGGGGAGGUCAGUAUUCAAUUCAAAGGACACUACCUGGAUGUUCUCUGAUCUCAGAAAUUAUCUGGUUGUAAUAAGCACUCUAAAUCUCUUUACUAAAAUAUUUUCUUACCUGUGUGUUUUUAACUGAGUUUCUGAAAUUAGAGGUACAAAAAGCAGCAGUUACUUGCCCUUUACAGGCAGAAACAGCUGGACAUUUUGACCUGAAUGAAAAUGAACAUUUUCAUUAUAUCUUGAAUAUCUGAGAAGCUAAACAAUAGGAAUUAACCAAACAUUUUUUGAGCAAACUGAGGCAGAACUUCUGAUACAUCAGCAGCAAUUUCAGCUUAUUUUGAUGUUUAACGUGCAAUUUGCACAGCUAGUAGUAAUUGUAACAGCUAAUUAAGAAACUAAUGAUUUUUUUUUUCUGCAGACCAUGCUCAGCUGCAACACUUUCACAUUUCAACAGUGUCAAAGGAUUUUUCAUUGCCUUUGUUUUCAGGAGUGCACUUUCUUCAAAGAGGAGAUUUAUGUGUGUAAAGUGAACAGUAAAACUGUUUUCUUUGCCUGGACUUGCAAAUAAGUAUUUCUUGUGCUAUAUUGGUAUAACACUAUUGGAGAUUGAUCUGUCAGACUCCAUUUCCAUCCUUAUAAAACAUACAACUGAGACAGAAUUAUUAAAUUCUCAUGCUGAAAUGCAAUUAUGCAGAACCACAGAAACACUUAAACAAUUUCCAACCUUUCCACAAUUAUCUAUCCUAUGGUAAGAAUUUUUGUAAAUUAAAACUUGCUAUAUAAACAACAUGUCUUAUGUAAAUAUAGAUCCAUGUGAUAGUUUUAACACUUACACACAAAUAGUAUAUGCUGCCAGGUAGGAGUGGGUCACUGCUUAUAUUUUUGACAGUGUAGAUUUAAAUAGCUAUCAGAUAAAUACAAAAUUUAAUAUAGGUAUUAUAUCUAAUAUUUAUUGCUUUGAUUCAGAAUACUAGAGAAAUAUAUAACACUACUGUAGACAGCUUGCUUUUCAGCAGUUGGUGUAGGCCUGCCCUUUCCUUCAGGGGAGGGAAAAGUUAUCUGGGCCAAAUUCUGCCACACCUACAUUUUUUCUGUUCUUGAUGCACAGUACUGAGGUACUGCUGAGAGCAGAAUUCUCCUCACUGUUUAUAUCAGGACAGAAGCUGUUUAAAUGUUAGUCAAGCCCAGGUUUAUUUGUGAUUACUUUAAAUGAUAAAGUGGACCCAGAUGGAUUGAUUUAGCUGGUGUAAGACAUGAGAAGCCACCUGGAGAGAGCAGUUCCUCCCAGGGAGAGCCUCUGGUUUUCAGCCCCUGGGAUCCUAAAGCCAGGCAGGGGGAGUCCAAGGCUGCCUGAGCAUCUCCUGGUGGCACUUGGAGCCCACCCACCAGACCCAUGUGCCUGUCUCUUGUGCUGGGUCACACAAAGGCAGCUGAGCCCACCAAAAAGUGGCCAAUUCUUGGCCUGCCUUGGGUAGCAAACACUGCUGCUGUGGGGCAUGUGGAACCACCAGAAGAACCACAGAAAUUUUCUGUGACUUCUGAUUCCUCCAUUGCAUCCAGCAAUGUGGUAGCUAGGUUUCUUUUCUGGCUGGAGAUGGGCAUCCUUUCCCUCUGAUGGAUCCUGGUGUGCUCUUUCAACCACACAAAACUUAUUGUUUGGGUUUUUUUAAAGGGGAGCUUCAGAUUUUUCACAAUGUGUCAAUAAGGUGGUGUCAAAAUAAUUACCUGAAAUCCUAAUACCCAGGGGUCUGCUCUUUUCAGAUUUCUUUCUCAGCUGACUGGCUGUUAUUUGCCAUAAAGAGCAAGUCCUUUGAAAAGGAACACUUGUAAAGCCCAGGAUUGGGUUGCUCUGUAUUUCUGAUGGAGUCCAGACCAACCAAGUUUCCUACUGGAUGAGCUGACUGCAGAAUAUCCAGUUCUUUUCCAUUUGCUAGUCAGGAGUAUCUCCAUGUUACAGCUCCAUAGCUCAGGAAUUCAAGUGGAGCAGCAGGAGCUGGAUGAGCUCCUAAUGUGCUUCAGUGAAUUGUGGAGCAAGUGGCAGGAAACCACCAGAGCCUCUGUUUUACAGAGGGUUGCAGACCAUGGUGAUUGAGGUAAAUGCUACUUGGUUGACUUUUAAUCUUGCUUUUUAUCCUGGAAGUACAGUUUUAAAUCCAUGUUUCAGAUUAUUUUAGCAGACACCUCACUGCAAGCCACAGUGUUGUAAAGCAGAAUGGCUUUUAGAAGUUUAUUUCAUUAGAGAAAGAUAUAUAUGUGAUAUUUAAUAUACUAGGUGCCAGCCUUAGGUCUAGUUUUUGUUCUUCUUGUGUUCCUCUCAAAACAACCUUCAUGAAUGGCCAAGCUUCCAAAGAGAAAACAGUGCCUUGAAGACCUCUUGCAAGAUUUUUACACUGUUACCUACUAGACUUCUGUCAUUUUAUUGUGAGAUUAGUGUGGGCUUUCUCUUUACAAAGUACAAUUACAGAAGAAAUCCUUUGUAAAAAGUUACAAUUAGUUUGCAUUGAGAUAUUUUAUUUUCAAUUGUCACAAGAAAAAUGGAGAUAGCAUCACCAAAAUUUUUAAAUUAGGCAUACCUCAGUAUUCACAGAUUUUCCAAAGAGGUUUUGAGUCAUUCAACAUUUGCAAGGGCUAAUUUUAUGUGUUCUGAAAAUAUUUUGUGUGAGUUUCUUUUCUGCAGUAAUGAGAUUCUCUUUUCUGUCCAUGCACUCUGCAACAAUGCUAAUCUGGUCCUCAAUUUCAGUAUCAAACUGACUGAGACAAAAGAAAAGAACAAAAUAAAAUUUGCUAAACACGUAUCUGAAAAUAAUUAUUAAAGUUAAGCUGCAUUGCUUUCAAGUGCAGAGUUAGUAGCUUUCACAGAAUAUAUGUACUCUUUAAGUAAAGAACACACUCUUGCUGAUUUUUUUUUUCUCCUGUGCUUUUUCUGAAACCUUUUGUUAUGAUCCACAAUAAAAUUUGCACCUGAAAAUCGA